AUGUCCUUAUAUUGUUUGUCGCUGAAUACCAACAAAAUUUCGUUAGCACAUAGGACGCUCCGAGCGCGUACAGGAAGGCGUACAUUUACUGUUCUCGGCUUCGAGAGCUCAGCGGAUGACACCUGUGCAGCCGUCGUGACAUCCUCGCGUCAAAUACUUUCAAAUGUUGUUGUGAAGCAGCACGAUCUUCACGAAGGUUUCGGCGGCAUUCACCCAUCUGUAGCCAUUGAGGCACAUCAGCGUAACAUGCCGGGUGCUGUCAGAAUGGCUCUCGAACAGGCACGCAUUAGCAUUCACGACGUCGACGGCAUUGCAUUUACACGAGGUCCAGGAAUUGGAGGCUGCCUUAGUGUGGGCUCGAAUGCCGCAAAGUCACUCGCCGCCGCCCUCGGUAAGCCUCUUGUCGGUGUCCACCACAUGCAAGCACAUGCCUUGACCCCCCUGCUGACGACUCCAGCCGCGGAUCUCCCGCAGUUUCCUUUCUUGACGCUGCUCGUCUCUGGAGGCCAUACACUUCUACUUUUGGCUUCAUCCCUUACCUCGUUCCAGAUCCUUGCAACAACGGCAGACGCGAGCAUUGGACGUGCGUUUGACAAGGCAGCUCGAGCACUUGGCCUGUCCUGGGGAACCAGAGGCCCUGGUGCAGCACUCGAGGAGCUCUGCCGCGUGACAAACGACGAACUGGAAUCCCUGCCCGACAUUCAACCGUUUACUGUGCCGAUGCCGGGAAAACUUGCGUUUUCCUUUGCAUCCCUACAAUCUUCAGUAGAGCGCUACAUUUCUCUCAUGGAAGAACCUCUAUCCAGUUCGCAUAAAAUUGCCUUGGCUCGGGCAUUCCAGACAGCUGCAGCUCGUCAACUCUGUGCCAAGCUUACAUUGAGCCUUCAAAAACUCAAACUAAAAGAUGUGAACGUCAGGGACAUUGUCGUUAGCGGCGGGGUCGCCAGCAACAUAUUUUUACGCGAAAGACUCCAAGCGGCACUAAACGAGUACAGCUCUGAUGAUGAGCGCAUAUCGCUGCAUUUUCCCCCGCUGGAAUUAUGCACAGAUAAUGCGGCAAUGAUUGCAUGGGCUUCGAUGCAUCGGUUCCUCGCUAGUGACUAUGAUGAUUACACGAUAGACCUUCGCGCUAAGUGGAGCAUUGAGGACAUCAGAGUAUGA